AUCAAGAACAAGAUGGCCGACGAACAGAAACAGGAGAGCGGGCAUCAAAGUGGCCGAAGUCGAGCCCACGCAGCUUCCAGCCGUGUCGAAUUUGCUCGUGGCGAGGCCGUGCCUGCAGGGUACGCUGUCAUCGCCAGACAGCGGUGCGUAGAGUUUGGCGCUGCUGAGUCUAGCGGCGAAGAGGUCUCUCGUCAGAUGAGCAUUUCUACUGGUGCGUCUCACCUGUCUAACUCCGUGGGUGCGUGGAGCUACGACGGCGUUCGUAGCGAAACUCGCUACAGCACCUCGACGGCACCAACUUCGCGCAGGAGCAAUAAAGGACUUCCGCACAAGACUGCGGAUUGCCCACGCGCGGCACAACGGAGGCAGAAGGAUAACAACGUUACAAGUACGUAUAGGUCUGCGUACAUCGGAACUGGUAACAUCGGUAAAGCUGACAGUGCGUCGAGCCAGGAACUUCUUUUCGGCACCCAAGUUGGCUUUGCGAGUUACCAUUUUGUGCCUGACGCGCCCACGGAAGUACUUGGGGAGGAUGGUGUGCGUGGCCGCGUCGGAAACGAGUGCGAUGAAAGUGUAAACCACCACCGUGACAAGAAGCGUCGGCCACAGAAAGGGACCAGGACGUCGAAUGGCAAAUCCGAGUCUUCUCGGGACAAGGUGACGUGCAGCAGGAAAACUCAGCGCACGGGGGAAACCGUCGACGCCGUCUUCAAGUCUGAAGAAACUUGUCUACAGCACUGCAGCGGCCACCGUGCUUGCAGCAGGACGUGUGGGAGAAUGCCAUAUGGACGCAGGCAUCGCAGGCACGGUGUUUGCAAGUUAUGUUUAAGGCGGAAUUGCUCAUCAUUGGAAAAGCGUGCGAACGUCGAAAAGGCCAAUGGGGACCGAUUGGCCCACUACAUAGCAGGCGACGCUUUCAGUGUUCAGACUAUUGCUCCUGAACAGCAGCAGUACAUCGUCAGCAACGUGAUGGAUGGAACGCAGUCAAGCAGUGGCCGCAAGAAUUCCGGAGGAGCAAGGAAUGCACCAUACGGGGAAAGCCACGUGCAGUUCAUACCACCGCAAGUUCCCGCGCUCCAAAGUACAGCGGAGGCUGGAAAGCGGCAACGAGUCGAAGGAAAAGAUACUGGCCAGCAGGGCGGUCAGCAGUGGCCUCCUGGGUGGCCGCUCGCGCUGGAGUACUCAGACGAUCCCAGGCUUCCGGCGAUACGGACACACGAGGAGGCCACGACGCCGAGCUUCACCACGGCCACGAUGCAGAAAAUCGAUAACGUCUUCAGAAACCAGGGCUCUGCGAUGCCGUCCGAAGCCCGCAUCUCGGGACGCGGUUAUUAUCAGUGGCUCUUGCUCGCUUGCGCCUACCUGGCUACCGUUGCUUCAUCAUACCAGAACUUCUCCGUGCAGCUGCUGGCUCCGUCCUUCGAUUACUGGUGCAAGCCCCCUCCAGGAGUGAACAGCACCCAGUGGAAAAUCACCAACAUCCCUCUGGACAAGAACGGCCGGCACAGUCGCUGCUCCAUGUACGAAGAUAUCGUCAUGGUUUCCUCGUUUCGGCCCACGCUCGCGGAGAAUGGGAGCCGCAAGGUUGUGGCAUGCGCGGAGUGGGCGUACGACGUCGAGCCCGGUGUGCACACGGUGGUCAGCUACUGGGGCCUGGUGUGCGACAGGGCCUGGCUGGUGUACCUGAUCACCGUGUACUACAACAUCGGCAGCUGCAUCAUCGUGCCACUCCUCGCUCAGCUGUCGGACAAGCGCGGCCGCCGAAAAGUCAUCGUGGCCUGCGUGCCGAUCGCCAUGGCCGCGUCGGCCGCCCAGACCUUCGCCACGGCCUUCUCCGUGUUCCUUCUGGCACGCGUGUUCUUUGCUGCUGCUGUAACUAUGUUGCGAAUUAAUACCAUCGUGCUGCUUUUCGAGACGACGUCGCCGAGUCACAGAGACGCCUAUGUCCUCAGCGCGCACUCCGGCUACGUCACUGGCAGUAUGGCUGUCACCUUGUUGGAGCCUUCAGUGCUGCACCACCGAAUAGUGAGCGCAUUCGGUCUGGUUCCAACGUGCCUCCUCAUAGCCAGCAUCUGUUUGGUCGAAGAAUCUCCACGGUGGCUUCUGGACACUGGCCAAUUGGACGAGUUCCACCAAGUUCAAAAGCGCAUCACCCCGAUCAACGGCGCUGUCGUGAAAGAUACCCCACCGCACGCCAGUGAAGUAGGGCAAGCCGCCGCCGAUCGGCACAACUUAAGCCUCAAGCAGAAGGAAACGACCACAGAUUUGAUGCAGAUAUCGGUGGUGGACCUCUUCUCCAACGUAUCUCUGAGGUACCGAACCGUCCUCGCCUCUGCCCUCUGGUUCUCUUUGUUCUUUGCCUCUUCGGCAUCUGGAACUUAACUCCGCGAGCACUGACAAUAUGGCAGCCGCUCACGGCGGUUAUGCUUCGAAGCACAGCCGUGAUUGGCGCCUACCUAGUGGUGAAAUCCUACUCCAGAAAGGGUGCCCUGAUGGCUGUAUUGCCUCUGGCGAUUCUCCCCGCGCUUUCGGCCUGCCUGAGCGCCACGCUUCACCGUGCUGACACCAGCCACUUUUUCAAUCAACUGGCUCUGACGUCGGUGUUCGCCGCUGAUGCCAUUGUGGAGCUGUACAGCCUCGAGC